UCCUCUUCCGUGGCUCUCCCGGUUUUAAAGCGAGAAAGAAAGAGCUCUCAAUCUGAGGAAGUACAUCAUCCAUCGUCGAUAUCUAUCUAUCUGUCGGAAGCGGCUGUUUUCUGCUUCUUCUGAGUCGAUUUCACGGUGAACGGGGCGGCGGAGCUUGGGUGGUGCUGAGCUCGAGUUCUUUCUUUCUUUUCUUAACUCUUCCCUGGAAGGAAGGAAGAUGAGUGUGGUGGGGAGACAGAUGUCGGGAUCUCACUCCACGGCGCACCACCACCGCCAGUACUCCGAUAACUUCAUCGACGCCAGCAAAUGGCUGCAGUCAUCUUCUCAGGACUUCGGGUAUGGGUCAAAGAUGAAUCGGAGCCUGCAGUCAAACCCGUCGACUCCGCCGGUAUGCUCGCGAUCGUCGAGCCUCCGGAACGUUGGGGACGACCAUGCGUCACCGGGCCUACUCGAUCUCCACUCCUUCGACACCGAGCUUCUCACCGAGGUGCAGAAUGGGAGCGGUUAUGAAGGGUACUCGUUCGAUGAACGACGAAGCUCUCGUGGUAGAAGUUUUGAUGAAUCCGAGCCAAAUCUCUUGGCCGGCAAAGUUGGAAGCAGAUCCACUAAAGGGCUGCCUGAGAGUAGCCUUCUCAAGAGCUUCUCUGGUUCCGUGGAUAAGGAGAGAGCCAACAAUGUAGCCAAGAUCAAAGUUGUGGUAUGUUUG